AUGGCACUCUGUAUUCCUUUAUGUUUGUUGGUAGAAUGCGCAGGGCUUUGUCAAACAGUGUUCUUAGUUACUGGCAUGUGUCAAGCAAUUGACAUCAAGCUCGACACAACCUCAGUUCCGUUUGGUGCAGUUGUGACAGGAAGUCAAAGUUCAAGGGCCGUGGUCAUGCAGAAUCUGGGAGAUAUUGGUAAUGCGAGUUUAGUUCGGAUUUCUCGGUUGAACCAGUCAAGGGAUAUUCGUCUCCUGGGACUGAGGUCUCGUUCAAUCUCAAGUUCUGCCCGCAAAAUGUUAGCCAAGAUAUUCGCAGCGAGGUAAGAUACACAGAGGAUAAAGGCCUUGUUGCACGAUGCAAUUUUUCUUGCAUCUUGCAGCACCACUCUACUGUUGAGAGAUGUGAAAUUGGCAAGUACGAGUCUUCAUUAGAUUUUCCUGAUGAAUUCAUUAGAAACCAAGUGGUGAAAACAGUAUAUUACGAAUGAGGAAAGAUAAAAUUCAUAUCUUCAAACUGCCGCGCAAUGCUCUUUUAAACAUGUAGUCGUAAACAAUAUAAAAACCCAGUUUAUGCUCAAUAAAUUUUUUGAUCGAUAAUGCUAAAAUUUAAGCUGUAAUCCUGUUUAGGUGAGCUGUAUGAUCGAAGGUAGCGAUCCAUUGAAGUUGGUGUUAACUGGAAGCUGUGUCGCACAAACUCCUGUGAAAGAGGUACGGUAUUACAAUACUAUACUGCCUGACAGGGUACCAUGAAUUGGCGUGUUUUUCUUCCUGGGAUUCAGUGUUUAGACAGCCAUAUUUUUCAACGUGUAGACGACACAAACUAGAACACGAUAUGCACAUCAAUUUACCCAAUUUUGAUCUGACUGCCUAUAGCUCUUAGAUUUUCAUCUAUUUUUUGUCUGGAAAACUAAUGCGAUGUUGGUCGAAAGACAAAUGGCCAAUUUCGACCUUGAUACUAGCCAGUCCACGUGGCAACUUCCAUACGCCCACAAAACACUAGCGUCCUAAGGCGCUGAUAACGGUACCCUUUCUACAUUUACAUAAAUGUCAGGAAAUAUCUAAAAUUAGUUUGGAAAUAAGUAAUACUGUUUAGGAAAUAGGAAAUAAUAAAGGGUUAUUGACCGAGCGUGAGGUCUGUACUGUGAAAUAUCAGACCGAGGAUUUUUAGUAUGGACCGAGCGACGAAGGAGCGAGGUCAAUGCAAAAAACUGAGGUCUGAUAUUUCACAGUACAGACCGAACAAGCGAGGUCAAUAAACUGUUUAUUAUAUGGCUGAAUUGAGUAUUUGAGUAUGUGCUUUUCGCGCGAAUUAAAUCGGCUAUCAUCAGUUUCGAACUGGGUAACAGUAUACGGUAGACAUACACGCCCAAUCUAAAACAAUUUGGUUGUUUGAAAUUUGUAUCUUAAAUUGGAAAAUUAAAAAGCAAAAAUAUUUUGUGUAUGCGAAGCGAAAAUUCCCGCCAGAUAAACGACAUCCGGGACACCGGUCCAGAUACGGAAAAUACGGACCACGGUCCGGAUAUGGGUUUUUACGGACCGCUUGUCGACCAAUCAGAAUAGAGAAUUUUGAAAAGCCAUAUAAUAAUACUGUUUAGGAAUUAGGUCCAUACAGAAAAUCUUCGUCUAUCAACCAUAGUAUUAAAUUUUUUCAUAACCCUGUUUUGCAGGUUAUUCAUUUUUCAACGCACGUUUGUACUCGUGAAACUCGUAGUAUUGUACUGAACAACCGUAGCAACCUCCUUUGGCAGUUGCGUCCAAAAAUCGACGGUGCAUAUUGGUCAGGCGCUGAUAUGAUUACUGUUGACCCACAGCAAAGCAAAAAUUACGACUUGACAUAUCGACCUCUGGUCAUGACGCACGAGGGAAAGAGGCACACGGUAAGCGAUGUUAUGAGUGCAGGUAAACAAGAAGAAAUCGCUUGUUUAACAUCAUCAACGUUUGUUAUCUAAUCAGUCUACUGUGCUAUUGUGCAAAAUUUGUAAAAUAAGUUGGCAAGUAAAUUUUCACCAAUACAAAUUCUUUUGAGAAAGCAAGAGUAUAGGAUAAAUUUGGCACAAAUUAGCAUUCUUUUGCACAAGUGCACUAGUGACUAUUUUCUCCAAAAAUUUGGUUUCUAAAUUUGCAGAACAUUUGCGACCUUGCAAAUUUGAUGAAAUCGCAAACUGGCACUGAUUGCAAAAUUAGUGCAAACCUAUUUUUUUCCUACCGUGUAGGUUGAAAAUAUAAGGAUUUUGUUGAGAAACAUUUUGAUCUAACGUGAAGAAUGGUUUUUCUCUUUCUGGGAGAUACGGUUUCUCUCAAUCAGUCCCGUUUUCACUUGCAAUUAUUGCUGCCAUUCCCGGGCGCAAUUUCCUCUCUUUGAUGGAUGUGAAUGAGUAGAUUAAUGAUAAAUGUGCUGACCGCGUGUUUCCUCAACCGAACAUUUGUAACGAAGCUAGGUUGUAUCAAAGGCGUUUAGCUUAAACGGUCCAUAAGCAAAAUUAUCGCUCCUAUUUAUUUUGUAAACAGUUGCACCUAAUUUUUCUGAACUUCAUGCAUAAUUGUUAUGUUUAGACAGAAAAGUUCAGUUUGCUUGUAAUCUAUAAUUUUGUUUCAUUGAUAUUUUUUACUUAAGCCCCGUUUACACGAGCAAAUUUUAUGUGGCAAAUUUUAUUUGGCACAUAAAAGUUAAUACGCCAGUUUUUCAAAAAAUGUAUUUGCCUCACAGAAAUUGCCCAAUUUUGCAGUUCUACACGGGUAAAUAAAAAUUGUCACAGAAAAAUUGCUCGUGCAGAAAGGUAUAUCCACCGUUUGGCUACAUGCCUUUUACCCUAUAGGUAAACAUCACAAAAUAUACAGAAUUCUAGUUGGCUGCAUGUGCACUUCACUUCUUAUAUUUUUGUUUGUCUCUUAAGUAUUUGAUUCAUUUAUACUACAUCAUACUAUGAUACUCUUCAACCUUUUCCUCUAAUGCAAUGUUUGCCAUUGUUAUUUCGUUCCACAGGGCUCCGUAUUCUUCCCUCUACCCGAUGGCAAUGGUUUGUUGUACAACGUGACUGGAGUAUCUGAAGCGCCUAAAGCCAUCAGUAAUAUUGCUCGAGAUAUACCAUGCAAAACUGACUACACUGAAUUAUUGACAGUUAGCAACUGGUUGAAGAAACCUCAAAGGUACUAACACUUCAAACGUACUAUUGAAUAAUACCACCAUUUGUCGUGAAUUAAUAAAUUGCCCUCCAAUCUUUUGCAUCCACGCGCGGCCUAGGUCAUAUCCUACAUGAAUAUUCCUUAUUCCUCUUUACCUGAAUGCGGCAUAAUUGUAGCUUACCCAUCAACCCAACUAUAAUUCCUUAAAUUUCUUUAUCUAAUUUUGUUGAAAUGUUUCACCAAUGUGGGCACGGUCACCAUGACAACAUACGCGUGAAUUACCGUGGGCCCGUACCACUCACUCCUGUCAACUUUCCCUAUGAGGGGAGAGGAGCUUGUGACGGGCGGGGGCACCACGACAAAACGUACGAAAAGUGUGAAUUUCAUUUUUUUCACAUAAGAACCAGGUAUUGGGUCACAUCGAGAAAGCUCCCCACUCAGAGUCGAACCUGAGACCUUAGAAGUGAAAUGCGAAUUAUAUUUAUUAGGCUUUGUCAAAUGAACAUAAGACAAUAGCUAAACACACAUACAAAAACAAUAUAUACAUUGACAUGAGUAGGCAUACGAAACAGCUUUCGCCAAUUACAGCGUCCCUUUACAUAGUACGAGAGACACAACCAAAUGACAUUUUAGAUUGCAGGGUGAAGCAGAAUACCUCAUUAAUUCUACGUAUACACUAGUUUCUGUAACAGUUCACUGAAUUGAUACCAUGGAGUAUAUUUCUAUUUGAUUCGUUUUUCAAGUAUUCAGGUUAUUAUAAACAAGCUAAUAGAUGAUUCUGCUUCCUCCGCAACAAUCUAACUACAGCAUGAAAAUGGACAGGAAAUGUCAACGAAUGCGCUUACUCAGUCUAUUGUCAGAUGAUUUUAUAAUAUGUCAACGACAAAAUUCUACCACUUAGUGAAUUAUCACCACACCCUGACCGUGCCACACCAUCAUUACCAUAACAUUACUGUCAUUGCCACCAUGUUGUGAUUAUACCAUUGUCAUUUUUGUCACCAUCAAAAACGUUACCAAGACGGAUAGGGAAUUCGAACCCAUCGAAAUAAUAGAUAUAGAAUGCGUACUUGGUCGCAAAUCAUGUCUCCACUCUUCAUGUUUGCCCUUACAUAGCCGCAUUUAGCCAGGAGCGAGUGGUCGAGUGCUUUUGUUGAAAGAAAACCAAUGCCAAAUGUAUGUACCGCAAUAGACUGCAAAAGCAGAAACGAAAUUGGCCCUUACCUAAAUUAAAAAAUUGUCCUUACUUGACUCCAAAAGCUUGGCUUACUUAUGGAUCCAAAAUUUCGACUGAGGACAGAUAUGAGCACGGAUUCUAUGUCUGUAUUUCAUUGCUCGAACCACUGGGCCUGAGACUAAACGUCUGAUGCUUUAACAACUAAACUAACCGACCUCGCAUACGUGCAACUUUCCUUCUAGAUUCCGUGUAAUUAUUGAGAUGAUAAAGCCGGACAAACUGGAUGGUGCGACCACCUUGAAAGCUCUUCAAUACAUCGAUGUUCCAGGACAGAUGAAAAAGGAUCACAAAAUUGACUUCUAUGCCCACAAGGAAGGACUGUUUAGCGCUAAGGUACGCUACAUACGCUACAUCUGAUAAAAUGUUAACUGCACAAAUUGCGUUCUCAUGACAACUUUCAUUUUUGUAAAAUAUGGAUGAACAAGAAUGAUGAAUUUUUUCUGACUAAAUUUUCUGGCUGUGUGUACGAAACACUAUUUUUUCAGUCGGACUCAUUUUUUCCAUCAGUACACAUGUCAGAACUUUUGUGCACCGCAAGCCGUGAUUUUAUUUUCCUUUCCCGUGUACUUGAUGCUGCUCCUGGAUAGACGGUCAGCACAAGUGUGAGAAUAUAGGGCUAUAGGAUGAAUUAUUUUUGACUUAGUGAACAAUCACUAUAGACUAACUUUGAUCUAAACAAUAAAAACGAGAUUUUCGGAAAGGACCUUACAAAAGUGGUAAAAUCCUAAAAGUUGGUUGUCGUAAGUUGUUGUUGUAAUGUGUGGAAGAUAUAGCGUUACAAAUUAGGUUUGUAAAUGUUGUGUUACGUGCGGAAAUUGCUUUCACAUUUUUGUUCUUUUCGAGAAUUUCGUGGGGUUUUUUCGUCUAGUUUCUAAUGGGAAUGGUCCAUUGGGUCUUGCGACACUUGAACGGAUCACAUUGAAAAAAAACGAUCGACAAAAUCACAGGGUUUUAGGAAGUACAGUUCUAGGGUGAUAGUCAUCAGCUUUUUUAAAUUUUUUCUUCUCGUUUCAGGUGAUCUUUAAAAAUGAACAGACGUCGGAGUAUUUAUUCUAUUACAUCACAUUCAAGGCUACUCCGCCAGGAAUUAUUUCAACUAUUGACAUGACAACACCAGUGCGACAGGCCGCAUCUCACGUCAUCAACUUGUACAAUCCAUUAACUGCGCAAGUCAGCUUUUCAACUGCUUCAACGUUAUCGGAUAUUCUGCUUCCACCAAAUUUCACUGUGCCACCACAGUCAGAGGUAAGAAAUUAUUUUAGGUCGGUUUUUCUUCGAAGCAAGGUCAGAAUAUAGUUCUCUGGACAAAUACUUUUACAAUUUGUUUAUAGUGUGCGAGAUACUAAUGCGCUGGGGGCCGGUUGUUCGUAGCUUAAACAGCGGAAAAGUCAGAUUUAAAUUUCACUCCCAUUCGUCUUGGAUUUAUAAAAAACUGAACAUAAAAUUUAAACACUUAAUAAUUAUGUAGUUUUGUACAUAAGUGUUCUUUUCAGAUUGAAAAAUUUUGUUUUGAUUAUACAAUGUUUUGCUCGAUCUUUUGGACUCAUCCACCAUUUAGGCCAAACGGGCUACGAACAACCGACCCGAGUCAUCAAAUGUGAAUGAACUGUAACAUGUAUUGAUGCAUUACUGCAUCAUUGAUAGGGAUACGUUAAUGUUGUUGCCGAACAUAGAUCAACAUAAAACAUCCAGUUUUCUUCAACCAAAGGAAACUGCAUUAACUCGUUUCACGUUGCAAUAGUCGCAUUCCAGACCUGUUCAGAACAAUAAAAAAUACUUCAAUUAAAUAAAAAAAAACCUGAAUUAGAACAAGUCAGAUAUUAUUGGCACUGAUGAAGAUCCGGGCUUACGGAUCGAAAGCUUUGCGAUAAUAAAAUUACGUUGUGUAAACUACAAACUUUGUAAACAUCAUAAGAAAUACUUCGUUCCUUCGAAAAUCGCUGUCAAAUUGGAGAGGGGGUUUGGUGACCUCCUCAAACGUUGGUGUUUAUAUUUUUUUCACCAUUCUAUCCAAAUGGAACCAAAAUCUUUGCCUAUAAAUACGUUUGAUAUUUGUUGAGCUACGGUACUUAGCAAACAACACACUUUAAUGGCACCAUUACCCCUUGGUCCCAAACGGAGUCGAUGAUACAGUUAAUGAGUAAAACUUCCAACAAGUGUUUUAGUGUUUUACUAUGAAAUAUUUUCCGUAUUUCACAACAUUUCCCAACCAAACUUUGCAGUGUCACUAAUUUUAAGAUGAUCUUUCGAGCUGUGAUGAUAUAGAUGAUUUGUUCUUCUUGCCCAGAGCAGAAUUUAGCCUGUUAUGCAAAUUGUCCAUUACGUAUAUAUCCCGGUUUGUUUCGAAACUUUCAAGGAAGAAACAAUAGCAUUUAAAACGAGCACUUUCACUUUGUAAUUACAGUACCGUCCUCGAGUAACAUACACUCGACUCGCGCGUAGCGAGUACGCGCGAGUCACUCGCGAGUCGUUCGAGUACUCGCUUGACUCGCUACUCGCGAGUACGCGCAAAUCAUGUUGGCAAGACAUACUCGCUUCACUCGCAAAAUAGAUCACUCGCUGCACUCGCGAGUAUUUCGAGUCUGCGAGUAUAAAACCGGUAAAAACACUAAAAACACUAAAAAUCAAUUUGUUAAUGUAAAGUUUAUGUAGACAUAGGUAUCAGGUAUAAACACACAUAUAAUAAUCACAAAUAACCAACGCAGGCGGUUUUCCCGUAUUCGGUCAAAACUCCGUUGUCCUUCUAUUCGAUCAAAAGUCCCUUCCAUAAAUUUUGUCAGGUUUGAUGGCCGUUUAGAACAGAAUGAAUCACCGAAUUUUGUAUAGGUUAUUUUUGUCCAAAGGCAGAGCUCUCAACGCGACAAUGAAGAUGUCUCAAUUGAGCGCAAAUAACAAAUGCCGCAAAUUCAUCGCUCAUUGUAUCACUGUUAUGUCAUGUCACAUGUCAACUAGGAAUUUUUAGGAUACCCAGAAAAUAAAAAGGAUCUGGGAUUUUAUCAAUACGACCUCAACUUGUCAGCAACGCCGGCCGGACCUGAAAAUCAAGUACAUUUCCGUACUUAUCUUGGCUCAACACAAAGUCAAACAUGUCGUUUCAACAACUUCUGUAAAUCGCGCGUUGAAUACGCGUGUAAGGUAAGACAUUCAUGCCUACAUAUUUUUUUGAAAUUUUUAAGAAUAAGAAAAAAGUGCUUAGGUAAUUAGAUAAGCAAAUGGUUGUUUGCGAUGCAGAUUGGAAUUUCAGUUGACGGGCAAGUAUGUCUAAAAUCGAUCCAUUAGAAACAUUUCAAGACUUAGAGACAUUUCGAGUUGAUAGUUAUUCAAGGGAAUCUUUCGCAAUCAUAGACCAUGCAAAGACGACACUCAUUUGAAACAUUUGCUUCAAAUCUUCAAGAAAUUACAUAUUUAAAGCAACAGCCAAAUAUCGCUUCUGCGUCUUUGCCAGACAGUAAUUUGCUAGAUUGAAAUAGAUUCGAAUGUAUUCGGUGUCCUGUGAUCGAAGGUCAUCACCUCAUGUUGAUAAUGUAAGACAAAACAAACUCCGAAUUUAUCAUCUUGUAAACUCAACAUUAAGACACAAAAUUCCAGUGAUAUUUUUCUAGUCAUUGUCAAAGCAACUGAAUAUUUACAGACUGUGCUUCAAUGUUUUAAUAUGGGUACAAGGAACUGAAGUGACGUAAGAUGUAAGAUUACAUGAAAUGCGAAACUAUUUACAAAAGCGACAAUUAAGCGUAAGAAAAAUUACAGAUGUAGCAUUAGUUCUUACUGCUUGUUUUUUAAACUUGAUAUAAAGCGUUAACAGAAGGAACAAAAGAUUGGAGUUUCUGUGCUGAAGUGACUGUAGUAUUUUUGUAUUGUAGUUUGUAAAAGACCUGCCAUGUUUGAGGUCACUAACGUUGUCAUAGAGAUUAUGUGUUUGGUGUGUGAAUGAAAUUGCACUGCCACCCAUAUUCAUAUUUAGCCUAUUAACUUAGGGCCAUUUAUACAAAACGAAUUAAGUCGCGAUUUACAUAAAACGCGAACUUGACGUAUAAACAGUAAAAAAUGCGUGUCGUGGGUCUUAAAUAAGACUCGCUUGGAAUUGGACGGGGCUGACAUGUUCAUAUAAAUGACAGAGCUCGCGUCUUAUGAAAAUGCCAAAAUGGCGAGCCUUUGUUGUCUUGCACGAAUGGCCGUUCAGUUCUACUUUAGGCUCACAAAAAUGUCUUCAUUAGUAAUAUCGGAAUAUCGAUGUGGAUAAAGUCUGUAUUAUAAUUUUCGUUCAAUUCUUCGCAAGAUUAUUUGUGUGUUUUGACCAACAGACAAGUACGCUUUCGCCAAAUUAAUUCAAGCAAGUCCUUCGCAAUCAUAGACUGAAGUUUUGUUUACCAAUGACCAUAAUGGUGGUCAUCACCUCGUAUUAUAUUCAACUGAUAUGAUUACUUGAUGUAUUCAGAAUAAUAUUCAUAUCACGGUCAUACAGUACAUAAUUUUACAUUCGGAAUGCUUCGAACAUUUCAGAAGUCGAAUGACAAUAUGGCAUUCGGGAAGAGAGAUAUUGUUGUUAGCGCAAUAUAUGUAAAUUAGAUUAGGGUGGUCAUCAACUCGUAUUAUUGAAAAUUUUGGUGUUUUAACAUGCAUUUCGGUGACAUUUGAUUUAGUAUGUUUUGAAAAUGUUUGUUUUUGAUCGCAAUUUGCCCCUAAUUUUUGCCCUGGAAAUUCGGAAAUUUUUGUCCAGUAAAUUUUGGUCACGGAUAGGUGAUGACCUUUAUUCACACGACACCGAUAUUCUGUUUCAUACUAGCAACUUCCUGUAUGGUAAAGACGCGGAAGCGAUAUUUGGCUGUUGCUUUAGGCACGUAAUUUUGUUGAAGAUUUCGAGCAAAUACUAAUACAGACAACUAGAAAAACGACUGGUAUUUGCAUCAAGACAAACAUUCAAUCUAUGUAGCGAGGUUACGCCACAAAGGGAUUAAGAGAGCAACACAAACACAGCACCUUUAUUUAUUAUUGCGAAACACGAACAGCGUGAAGUAUGGCAUCUUACAUACAAGGACUCGACAUGGAAAGGUUUGCGUCCACAAUCGAUCGAAAUUUCAUUUGUUCAAUCUGCUCUAACGUUCUUGAAGACCCUGUUCUGUGUCAGAAUAAUCACCACUGUUUUUGUCGUGGUUGUAUUACGAAAUACCUUGAGAAUUCUCAAAGAUGCCCUACGUGUUCAGACGAACUGACCGUAGAGACUUUGGCCGAACCACAAAGAAUGGUAAAACGGAUGUUAAAUGAACUAAAUAUUCGUUGCGUUUACGUCGACAGAGGUUGUCAAGAGAUCCUACAAUUGCAACAUCUAGUCAGCCACGAAGCUACAUGCGGAUUUACACCAGCCAUGUGUACAAACCAAGGCUGUGGUGCGACUUUAAACCAGCGUGAUCUUUUCCACCAUGAAAGCGAGGUUUGUGAAUUUCGAAAACUGAAGAUCCACUCGUGCGGAGAAAUGACAAAAACUUUAACAGACAUGGAGAAAAAAAUCGCGAAUCUCGAAAAGAAUAUGGCGACAAACGUGGUUACCAUGGAAACCAACAUGAAGAAUAUAGAGAAGAGUAUGGCGACAAAUGCUGCGAGUACGGAGAGAAACGCUGCAGAUAUGGAAGAAAAACUCGAAGCAGUCAACAAUGAAGUAACAGGAUUCCAGGAAGCUCUGAUUGACGCCUUUAUUGAAAUGAAGGAUGUUCUUAUCAAGAUGGACGAUAAGAUAAAAGAAAACACAAGGAAAGUGAGAAAUACACCAAGUGGUGACAGGGAGAAUAUAAUUGUUGCUGGAGGAUGGGGGACUGGCUCUGUAGAGAUGUUUGACUGGCAUCAAAGAACAUGGUCGCCAUUACAAUCCCUGCCAAAUAAGCGUCAUGGAGCAACUUCAUUUCUUUACCACAAUCACGUGACAAUUGCUGGAGGUUAUUGCUCUCACCCUGUCGAUGGUAUGAUUAGAAUGAAUGUCCAUCCAAACCCUGAUCUUGCAAUGCACUGGAGUAACUGUCCUGUUGAACUGCCUCCUGAGUUGGCAGGCCACAGCAGUGUGCUGUAUAAUGAUCACUUGAUCGUUUCUGGUGGUCAAAAUGGAAAUGCAGCAUCUGACUGUAUUCACGAAGUCCAGCUUGUGCCGCCAUGUACGGUUAAGACCUUAUCAAGAAUGCCAGAACCAAGACAGUUUCACUCAAUGGAAAGAUUUGACGACAGUUUGUUGAUCGUUGGUGGCACAACAACUUCCAGAUACCAAGACAGCGUCAGCAGUGUCGUACUGUACGAUAUAAAGAAGAACGAAUGUAAACAGUUGUCACCACUGCCGUAUGAAGUGAGUGAAAUGGCAACUGUGAGAUGGGGAAACAACAUCGUUGUCAUCGGUGGCCGUGACAAACAAGGAAACGCAUUAGAUACAGUUAUCAUGUACAAUGUCAAGUCAGGACAACACCACGUGCUGCCCGAGAUGAGAUGUAAGAGGUUCGGCUGUACUGCAGUUGUUAUUGGAAACAGCAUUGCCGUGCUGGGAGGCUGGGGCCUAAAGUCAGUUGAAUUCUUUAACUUUGAAAGUUAUACAUGGCAAACACUUCCAGAAAUGUCUCGAGAAAGAUGCUACCAUACUGCUGUUGUUGUGUGAGCAGUGUAAGAGUUUUGAAACGUGCUCUGUAAUAUAGAAAAAUAUUGUGAACAACUUCGAUUAUAAAUGAACUUCAUUAGUGACGUAAUUUGUUCAGUAAUAUCAGUUUCGAAAUCCGAGGCCGAAUAUUUCGUGACCUGUUGCGUGCACCCUGCCGUAUAUUUUUCUUUAAUGUGAUGCAUGUAAUGUGUUUUUUAUUGCAAUGAAAUAUGUAAUACUAAUAAUAUUUCAAAUAUUUCGUUAAAUGUUGGUAGUUAGUGGACUAACUUAAUUGCAUAAUAGACAAAAUUAAAAAACUGAAAUAUUACAUCCUAAAGUUAGUAAAAUUUCAAAAUUUGGUUAUGAAAUCUCUAAUUUCCUUAAAACGUCAAGCUACGUCGCAUUCGUUUCGACUUUUCUCCGUCCUUUGUUCGAGACAUUCGCCGCAGUGUUUCUUCAUAAGUGUUUAUUCUUUUCAGGUUGACAAUCCUGAUUUUCAUGUUGAACGUUCUAUCACAGCAGCUUCCGCCUCCAGUGGUGGUACGGAAGUGAAUGUCGAGGUGAUAUAUGAGCCGAGUUGCCUUGGCAACGCACGUGCUACAUUACUGUUGUCGUCGCCAAUGGGCGGAGAUUACACCUUCCCUUUGUACGGUUAUGCUGCCCCACCUAAACCACAAGGACCGUACACGAUCAAGUCCGGCGCGAGUACCUCCAUACCGUUCAAGAACGUGUUCCCCCAGGCGACACAGUUUACGUUCCAUGUUGAUAAUCCCGUGUUCAGUGUUAAACCAAUGGAGACGAUACGGGCGAAGAAAGUACACAAUGUUGUCGUGACUUUUGAUGGUAACCAAGGCAACGCGAAGACAACUCGCAUGGGACGUUUGGUUAUUGCUGCUGCUUCUAGUGCCAGCCUCACUCAUAAUAUUGAGUGGGUUUAUUAUCUUAAGGGCGUUACCCCAUAAACUAUGUUCUCAUUCAAAUAUUCAAGCUUGACUUUUACAUGUUUAGACUUGUAUAUUUCUGUAUAUUUUUUAAUCGUAGGCUACGUUAACUUUAAAUGCAUGUGAUCAUAAGUAUAUAAUAACACUUUUCUCAGGAGUGCUUAAACGUAAUAUGUACGUCAUCUAAAAUAAUAAAUGUUUUACCAUUUGUAUAUUUUGUAUUUUAGUUUCGUU